GGGGGGCAGCAGGGUAUGUGUGUAUGAGUGUGUGUUAAGGGCUCGUCGAGCAGCAGUGGAACUUGAAAACUUCCCUGCGUUCAGCGAGGGAGAUCUGUGAUCGGAGGGUCAGCUGAAUCGGCUGCUUACAGUCCAGCUGUGAUCGACAGAGAAAGACCAGUCCAGUUCUCAACAUUGGAACGAUUUCCGGCCAACAUGGAUGAUUUAGAUGCUUUGUUGGCGGACCUUGAGUCCACAACAUCCCACAUUUCCAAGCGUCCACUCUUCCUGUCUGACGAGACUGCCUACUCCUUCCCUGUUGGGGGUCAGACCAAGCAAGAUCUCUGCUCUCCACCCCAAGUCCCACCCACUCCCUCUGAGCUAAACGGACUUGAUGAAACAGAGUCCUUCAGCUCAGCUCAGAGAAGUCCCUGGUCUAGAGACAGCAGCAGUCCCACUCAACCCAUUGGUGAAGAGGACCACGUAUACAGUUUCCCUAAUAAGCAGAAGAGUAGUGAGUCAUCAGCCAUGAACUCAUCCUUGGGCAACAACCUGUCUGAGCUGGACCGCCUGCUUUUGGAGCUGAACGCUGUCCAGCAAAGCACCCCUGCCUUCCCCACAGAAGAAGAAGCAGCUCCCCCGCUACCUGCCAGCAGCGUCAUCCACCACGUCCAGGAGAAUGGAGUCUCUACUGUCGGCAAAGCUGCUCCACCUGUAUUGGAGAAGCCCAAACGCAGUAUGGCUGCUCGGGGAAUAGAGGAUGUACGACCAAGUGUAGAGAGCCUUCUAGAUGAGCUGGAAAGUUCUGUGCCCUCAGCCAUUCCCACACCAUUGAUUGUGUCAGACGGCCAAACAGAUGGACAAGAGGAAACACCAGCACAGCAGCAAGCCAGAAUGUCUGCCUCCUCUGCCACACGUGAGCUGGAUGAGCUAAUGGCCUCCCUGUCUGACUUCAAAGUCCAAAGCAAUAUCCAGUCCCAGGGAAAGACUUCUCCCACAGGUCCCCCCAAACCCGCCAACAAGCUGGACAACAUGCUGGGAAGCCUGCAGUCCGACCUCAACAGACUCGGAGUCCAGACGGUGGCUAAAGGUGUCUGCGGAGCCUGCAAGAAACCUAUUGUUGGACAGGUGGUGACUGCCAUGGGCAGAACGUGGCACCCCGAGCACUUUGUGUGCACCCACUGCCAGGAGGAGAUAGGCUCCAGGAACUUCUUUGAGCGUGAGGGGCAGCCUUACUGUGAGAAAGACUACCACAGCCUGUUCUCACCACGAUGCCACUACUGUAAUGGACCCAUACUGGAUAGAGUAGUGACUGCUUUGGACAAGACUUGGCAUCCAGAGCACUUCUUCUGUGCCCAGUGUGGGGCCUUUUUUGGACCAGAAGGUUUCCAUGAGAAGGACGGAAAGGCGUUCUGCAGGAAGGACUACUUUGACAUGUUUGCUCCUAAAUGUGGUGGCUGUGCCCGUGCCAUCCUGGAGAACUAUAUCUCUGCUCUCAACUCACUCUGGCACCCUGAAUGCUUCGUCUGCAGGGAGUGCUUCACCCCCUUCAUAAACGGCAGCUUCUUUGACCACGAGGGCCAGCCGUACUGUGAGGCGCACUACCACGAGCGGCGUGGCUCGUUGUGCUCCGGCUGCCAGAAGCCCAUCACCGGUCGCUGCAUCACAGCAAUGGGCAAGAAGUUCCACCCAGAGCACUUUGUGUGCGCCUUCUGCCUCAAGCAGCUUAACAAAGGCACCUUCAAGGAGCAGAACGACAAGCCCUAUUGCCAAGGCUGCUUUGUUAAACUCUUCAGUUAGACUAUGUGAUUGUGUAUAAAUGUGUGUGCGCGCACGCAUCUACACAUUUAUUUACAUGUCUGAAUGCACGUGUGGAUGUGUGGGCACUCGCAUGUCUAGCAUGUAUGAGUCAGUGAAGUGGUUUUUGAGAAUGAAGGCGUUGGUGUGCUAGUGAAUCACAUCAUUAGGGUGAGAAAUGUCUUCUUCUAUUGACCCUUCCCUGGCUGUCAACCUCUCAGGCUUGGCAUUUCAUACUUUUGCUGAAGACAUUUUUAACAGAGCCCAAAGAGAUUUUCAUUUAGAGUUUUUCUCCUGUGUGCAGCCAAGAAAACACGCUAAUUUACCAAUGUGUGUGUGUGUGUGUGUGCAUAUGUGAGCAUAUGGGUGUCAAAUUAAGAUUUCCUCAGAGCCUUUAUUUGUGAAUGAUUUAAUCCACCCAAAUUAGGGCAAGACCUAACACCCUAUGGUGGUUUUAUGCAUAUUUGAGACAGCUGCUUGAUUGCAUGGACCAUUGACUUAAACAGUUUUAGAAUAUGUUGAGUGUUGAAAAUAUAGUGCUUGUCCAAUGAGUGUUGGAAUAAUCUAUGAAAAAUAUGUAUUUUUGUAGCUUUGGGAACUUUACAAAUAACCAUGAUAUAUGUAUCUAUGUACACACACACACACACACACACACACACACACACACACACACACACACACACACACACACACACACACACACACACACACACACACACACACACACACACACACACACAGACCUUCUCCCUCACUUCUUUAAAAAAUACUAGUUCAAACUCUGCACACUCCAACCACAGAUCUCUUGAUGAGACCGUCUUAAAGUGCAUUUUAAAGGUGUCUGCAAGAUAUUAGCUAGUCCUUUAUUUUUCUACUAUUUUACUAUGAAAAUAAACCCAGAUGUUUUCUCAGUUUCACCAAACAUUACAUUCACAUUUCUGCUCUUGUACGUUGAUUAUUUCCCAUUGGGAGUGAAAUCCAACUUUAGAAAGUCACUAUAUUGAACUUUUGUAGCAACUUGGAACUUAAUUUUUACUUUCCUACUGCAAAGUGUGUACUGUGUCAUCUUACAUUAAUGUUGAAAUAAAAUGAAAUGGUUGCGAUUGAUGAUGACAAAAAGUAGGUCUUUAAGAAAAACAUAUGUACUAUGGUUAUUAAUGUUGAAUUUAUGGUGCAAUUUAAAACAAGCCAAAACAAAGUUGAUUGUUUUUACUCCAGAUUAAAAGUGGAGAUUUUCCUGCUGUAUUUACCCACACAGAAUAAUUUCAGAAGACUUCAAUUCAGAACAAAUGAUACUUCAGUUUAACAUCUUUUUCAUAUUUUACUAUUGCUACUGUGAAUGUAUCACUGUAUUUAACAUAUUAGUAAGGCUGGUGCGACAUUCAAAAUAUAGUUGUGCUUUUGGAUUAGAAGCAUGCUUUCUUGUAUGUGGAGUUUUAUCAGCACUAGCUGCCAGUUGCUGUUACAAUCAGAAUCAAAAUUUGUACACCUGCAAUAUGCUCGACUUUGUGACUGAACUGUGAUUUGUCAAUGUUUGAUGGAAAUAUAUAUAUAUAUUUUUGAGCUGUUUGGGCUCACAGUGAUAUGCAAAGAGCUGGCUCUAAUGACAUGUAGGCUAACAAUAGAGGAUCCUGUUCUCUCACACAACACGUACCAGCUUUGAUUCCAGUGUGUCAGGAAGUGCAGCCCUUUUUAUUUUCAUUAUGAGUCAUGAUCCUGCUGUCUGAGUUGAUAUCAGCACUUGGCUCACUGAUGGAAGCUGGAUGUUGGUGUUAGCUGGUCAAGAAUCCGCAACAUUUAUAUGAUGACUUAUUUCAACUUUAUUGUAAUUGUAGCUAUGUUUUGUUACAUAUGAGAAUGAGUGAUUUUUGAUUUGAUAAAAAUUUCUGAUCUUUAAUUUGAUCACUAUGUGUGCAACUAGUGAAUACACAGUAUCCACAUUGUUUUUCCUUUGAGAAAAUGUUUGCUUCUGUGCCAAAUGUGUCAGUGCAAUUAGGUCUUAUACACUGUGGAGUUCGUUUUCCUGUGAUUUGACUUGUGCUGAACUCUUGGAGAGGCUUUGUCUGCUGUGGUGCAUCUUAAUUUUGAACAGCCAAAAGUUUACACUGUAAUAGACAAGCCCAGGAGAAACCGCCUGUACCGAGUCAUUCAGCAGACAUAGUGUACACUUGUAGCUAUUUCAGAUUUACAGGAAGUAGCAGGGGUAAAUGAACAGCUGUGACUUAAUUUUGCCCCAUGUAUAUUUAUGCUUGCAGUAUAUUGCCUUAUAAUUUUUGCUUGUCAAAGUCGUAAAAAAAAUCAAAGCCUUUUACUGUUGAUGAGAUAACGUGAACUAUUGCUUUGUAAAUGGAGAAAUUCAUGUGAUCUUUAACCAUUUUAAUUUUUUUCAUGAUCCACAAAUUUGAAUGUGUGGGUGGGGCGUAUGUGGGUCCUGAUUACUGACUUAUUACUGAUGCAAAUAAAAUAAAUAAAUUUAUUUCUG